AUGCCAAAGAAUAAGGGAAAAGGUGGGAAGAACCGUCGGAGAGGCAAAAACGAGAACGAGUCCGAAAAGCGAGAACUAGUAUUCAAGGAAGACGGACAAGAAUAUGCGCAAGUCACCAAGAUGCUCGGAAACGGCCGCCUAGAAGCCAUGUGCUUCGAUGGCGAAAAACGGCUGGCUCAUAUUCGUGGUAAAAUGCGGAAGAAAGUGUGGAUCAAUCAGGGUGACAUUAUUCUAAUAUCUCUCAGAGACUUCCAGGACGAUAAGGCCGAUGUCAUCCAGAAGUACACCACAGAUGAAGCUCGUAAUCUGAAGGCAUACGGAGAACUGCCCGAGAAUGCUAAGAUCAAUGAAACAGAUACAUUCGGCCCCGGAGAAGAUGAUGAAUGCAAUUUCGAGUUUGAAGAGGCUGACAUCGAUGAUAUUUGA